UUAUUUGCUUUGCUCUCUCUCUCUCUCUCUCUCUCUCUCUCUCUCUCUUGUUGCAGUUGUACAACAGUCAGGAACAUAUAUUCCUAGCUGCCUACGUAUAAAUGGGUUGCUUCCGCUUCAAUUAAGCUAGAGCUAGUGGCUUGCUCUUCUUCAGUCUUAUUGAUUAUAUUCAGCAGAACCAAUAUCAGAUAUUUGAUUUAUAGAUGGAGAAAUUACCAAACUUUGUUAUAAACGGAGGAGUAAAGAUGCCAGUUGGGUACCGGUUUCAUCCCACGGAUGAAGAGCUUGUGAUCCACUACUUGAAGAGAAAGGUCCAUGCCGCGCCAUUGCCUGCUUCCAUCAUUCCCGACUUUGACGUCUUCCACACUCAUCCCUGGGGCUUGCCAGGUUGUGGAGGUGAUGUUAGGGAAAAGAGGUAUUUCUUUUACAAUCAAAUAAAUGCGAUUGAGAUUGACGACACUAGGAGAGCUGCUGGCUGUGGUUACUGGAAGCCUAUGGGCAAAGAGAAGCAAAUUGUUGAUCCUGAAAGCAGCGAAGCAGUUGGGAUCAGGAAAACGUUGGUUUUCUGCCAAAGGAAGCGCCGUUACCAUGAGACUCAAACUAAAACUCGAUGGUUCAUGCAUGAAUAUCAGCUCUUGUCUUCUCAAGUAAACCCAACCCAUAGCCAGGCAUCUAAAAGGGAACUGGGAAACUGGGUUGUGUAUCGCGUAUUUCAGAGAAAGAGAAAGCCUCAAAGAUCAUCAGAUAUUAUUCCUCAACCCUCCAACAGCAAGAGGACUCGGACUCAGAGAUUAGUGGAGGUGAUUACACCUUCUUCCUCCUCCACAUGUUCGAGUGAUAUCACUCACCUCUCUUCCAAUGCCAAUAGGCUAGAUCAUGAUCAGGAGGAAAACAGCAGUGCUGCUGCUGAUAAUUAACAUAGCUAUUCUUGAUCAUAUAUAUAUAAUAUUUUUGCCUGAGACGACUGAAGAUGAGAGAUAGCUUUAAGCUUCCUUUCAUGAGAAUGCAACUGUAGCGCAACAAAUUAAAUGAGAAAGAAAAGGCUUAAUUUUAUCUUUAA